CAAAGAGUUGCCAUAGCCCCCGUUCUUCGCAUACGCUUAGAGCAGUGUAGAAACGCUUGUGAUCUCCCUCCCCGACACGACAUCUCAAUUCUCCCUCCCCCCGCAUUCACUCGGUGGGCUGAGCUGUUAAAUUAGUUGAAAUUUGGAUCUCAGGUUGAUUUUUCUUACAUUUGCAGAGUGAACCAAGUGACUGACGUCGCUAAACGUUGACGGACCAAACAUUUCAGUCAAUAGCGGGAGGAUUCAACGGAGAAAGAAUGUCCAAUAAUAACAAGUCGAAGUUAACUUAUGUCAUUACUGGAGGAUGCGGUUUCCUGGGGCAGCACCUGUUGAGAGUUUUGCUGGAGAAGGAAGAAAAUGUCAAGGAGAUCAGGCUUUUCGAUAAAAACGUUUACCCAAGUCUACAGAGUGAGAGCACAGAGGAUGUGAAAGUGGUCAUCAUACAGGGAGAUAUAACAAAAUAUGAGGAUGUACACAAUGCGUUCCUGGGAGCAGACCUGGUUAUCCAUGCUGCAAGUUUGGUUGAUGUGUGGUAUAAAAUUCCAGAGAAGGUCAUCUUUGCUGUCAAUGUACAAGGGACGAAGAAUGCUAUAAAAGCCUGUGUAGAAAUCGGUAUUCAGUAUUUGGUCUACACAAGCUCAAUGGAGGUGGUUGGUCCAAAUGUAAAAGGAGACCCAUUUGUCAGAGGGAAUGAGGAUACUCCAUAUAAUAUAUUCCAUGAGAUGCCCUACCCUAAAUCCAAAGCUGCAGCUGAGAAAAUUAUGCUGGAGGCCAAUGGCACAAAGGUCAAGGGAGGGAACAUUCUCUACACAUGCUGUCUGCGGCCAACAGGAAUCUAUGGGGAACAGCAUCAGCUGAUGAAGGACUUCUAUCUGAACAGUGUUCGAAAUGGCGGUUGGGUGAUGAGAGGAGUUCCUCGUCAUACGGAGCAUGGACGUGUCUAUGCAGGUAAUGUGGCGUGGAUGCAUUUACUAGCAGCACGUACUCUGCAGGAACAUCCCAAUCGGCUGGGUGGCGAGUGUUAUUUUUGCUAUGAUGACUCGCCAUACAAGCCCUACGAUGAAUUCAACAUGCAGUUUCUAUCAGCCUUCAACUUUCGCUCUCUUCGCCUGCCAGUGUGGAUGCUGUGGAUCAUAGCAUGGAUGAACGACCUGGUCCGCUGGGUCCUGAAGCCGAUCUACAACUACACACCACUGCUCAACAAAUACACACUGGCUGUGGCCUGCACAUCUUUCACCGUCAGCACAGACAAGGCUUUUCGACACUUUCAGUACCAGCCGCUCUACAGCUGGCAGCAGUGCCUGUCUCGUACGCAGAGCUGGGUCAACACUUUCCCAUUUGAAACCAGCACUAAAGACAAAUAGCGGGCUUUAUGAGCAUCCAUGCGUAUAUAUUACAGAUGAGACGAGAAAGAGUAGAUUGCUUGAAUGUCAUAGGGCAGUAUUUAGUUGUGAUCUUUACAUUUAAUUAAGCACACAUGAACAAGAAGCAUCUUAAUCAGUUUAUAAUUGGUUUAGAUGAACGCAGAAAUCAUUUCAGAUGUGUUUUUGCCUGCUGGGAGCAUGAUCUGUACAUACAAGCACUUGUUGCACAACUGAGACUAUUAAAAGCAACCUUGCAAUAAAUACAAACAUGUAUUGAGUUAGCUAAAGUCUAUAAGCUGAAUGUACUUUAUCAGUUAUAAAGUGUUAUAAUCCACCACGUUUACUACAUCAUUAUACAUUUAUUUUAUUUUAUUAUUAUUAUUACACAUAAUGCUUCAUGUUUAACAUUUACAGACAAUCGUUUUGAUGACCACCAGCCUAUAAUUUGUUAAUUGUCUUAAAUAUUUAAUUGUUCAUGAUGUGGAUCAUUUGUGUUUAAGAAAUGCAAAACAAAUUAAACUAUUAUAUACAAGCA